UCCGGUCUCGUAACCGUCUCGCUCCGAUUCUAGCCUCCAUCGCCAUCGUAGGAGGAGAUUUCGAGAGAGAGAUAGGAGGAGAGGGAAUCUAGCUGGAAAUCUAACAUCAGAUAGCCGAGAAAUGGACAACGAACAAGCGUUUCUGGCGGCAGAUGACGGAGUCGGAGACGCCGUUGUCAAUGCACCGGCUUCUUCAUCAUCAGUUUCUUUUGCUUCGCUUUUGAAAUCAGAGACUGUUUCGGAUAAUGCUAAUAGUGGAAAGAAUUUGUCAACCAGGGUGUACGAUGAUGACGAUGACGAAGAGGAGGAUGUUUGCCGGAUCUGUCGGAAUCCGGGAGACGCCGAUAAUCCUCUCCGGUAUCCUUGUGCUUGUAGCGGUAGUAUUAAGUUUGUUCACCAAGACUGCCUUCUCCAGUGGCUCAAUCACAGCAACGCUCGGCAGUGCGAGGUUUGCAAACAUCCGUUUUCAUUCUCCCCUGUGUAUGCUGAGAAUGCCCCUGCAAAGCUUCCUUUCCAGGAGUUUCUAGUUGGGAUGUCGAUGAAAGCUUGUCACGUGUUGCAGUUCUUUCUACGGCUCAGUUUUGUACUUUCUGUAUGGCUUGUGAUCAUACCGUUUAUUACCUUCUGGAUAUGGCGCUUCUCAUUUGUUAGGAGUUUUGGUGAAGCUCAGAAACUGUUCCUCGGUCAUAUCUCCACUACAAAUAUUCUUACAGAUUGUCUUCAUGGGUUCUUACUAUCUGCAAGCAUUGUGUUCAUAUUUCUUGGGGCUACAUCAUUGAGGGAUUAUUUUAGACAUUUACGAGAAAUAGGCGGGCAGGAGGGUGACAGAGAUGAUGAAGGAGAUAGAAACGGUGCUCGUGUUGCGAGAAGACAGCCUGCACAAGCCAACAGAAACCUUGUUGGUGAGGUGAAUGGUGAAGAUGCUGCUGGAGCACAAGGAAUUGCUGGGGCUGGUCAGAUUAUUAGAAGAAACGCAGAAAAUGUUGCAGCCAGGUGGGAGAUGCCAGCAGCUCGUCUUGAAGCGCAUGUUGAACAGAUGUUCGAUGGUUUGGAUGAUGGGGAAGGUGCAGAGGAUGUUCCAUUUGAUGAGCUAGUUGGCAUGCAGGGGCCUCUCUUUCAUUUGGUGGAAAAUGCAUUUACUGUUCUUGCUAGCAACAUGAUAUUUCUUGGUGUCAUGAUACUUGUGCCAUUUCACCUUGGACGAUUUAUACUCUAUCAUUUAUCGUGGCUUUUGUCAUCUGCUACUAGCCCGAUGUUGUCAACUGUUGUACCGCUUACAGAGCAAGCACUUUCUCUGGCCAAUAUCACAUUAAAGAAUGCACUGACUGCAGUUGCAAAUUUAACAUCUGAUCACAACCCAGAUAACAGUGUGAUGGGCCAUGUUGCAGAUAUUAUAAAAGUGAAUGCUACUGGACUUAUCGAGUCAUCAAACAAUGCCACCACUCCCCUUUCAGCUGAUAUUCUAGAAGGAGAAACCGCUGGGGCAUCAUGGGUGUCCGAUGUCACAAAUCUUGCUGUUGGCUAUAUGUUUGUUUUCUCGCUUAUCGUUUGCUACUUUGGAACUGUUGCGGUGAUUAGAUACACCAAAGGAGAGCCUUUGAUCAUGGGAAGGUUCUAUGGUAUUGCUUCAAUUGCGGAGACAAUCACUUCUCUUUUUAAGCAGUUCUUGACAGCAAUGAAACAUUUGAUGACUAUGAUAAAGGUUGCGUUCCUUUUGGUAGUUGAAUUGGGGGUUUUCCCUCUGAUGUGUGGAUGGUGGCUAGAUAUAUGCACUAUAAGGAUGUUUGGCAAGUCGAUUGUUCAAAGAGUUGAAUUUUUUUCAGUCUCUCCAUUGGCAAGCUCAUUGAUUCACUGGGCUGUAGGGAUUGUCUACAUGUUACAAAUAUCCAUAUUUGUCAGCCUUCUUAGAGGGGUUUUGCGUAAUGGAGUUCUAUAUUUUUUGCGGGAUCCAGCUGAUCCUAAUUAUAAUCCUUUUCGGGAUUUGAUCGAUGAUCCAGUGCACAAGCAUGCUCGUAGGGUUCUGUUGUCUGUUGCUGUUUAUGGGAGCUUAAUAGUAAUGCUCGUAUUUCUGCCAGUUAAACUUGCUAUGCGGAUGGCUCCUUCCAUCUUUCCUCUUGAUAUCUCAGUGUCUGAUCCAUUCACUGAGAUCCCUGCUAACAUGCUUCUCUUUCAAAUAUGCAUUCCAUUUGCUAUUGAGCAUUUCAAGUUGCGGGCAACGAUCAAGUCACUUCUACAUUAUUGGUUCACUGCAGUUGGUUGGGCACUUGGCUUAACUGAUUUCUUAUUGCCCAAACCUGAGGAUAAUGUUGGACAAGAAAAUGGAAAUCUGGAUCCAGUAAGGCAGGAUAGACAACAUGCUCAAAUAGGGGAUCAAGAUCGGGCAAUAGUUGGAUAUAUGGCUCCCAGAGAUAUGAAUAGGGUGAGGCAUGUAGAAGCCAAUGCUAACAUCGCAGAAGCUGAUGGUGGUGAACAAUAUGAUUCAGAGAGGUAUGGAUUUGUGCUCUCUAUUGUGUUGCUUCUGUUGGUCGCCUGGAUGACACUUCUAAUAUUCAACUCUAUGAUAAUUGUGGUACCCAUUUCGCUUGGACGAGCACUGUUUAAUGCAGUUCCCUUUCUCCCCAUCACACAUGGCGUCAAAUGCAAUGAUCUAUAUGCCUUCAUUAUUGGAAGUUAUAUCAUCUCGACUGCACUGGCUGGUGCAAGGUAUUCCAUUGGUCAAAUCAAAACAAAGAGAGCUACAGUUUUGCUGGGUCAAAUUUGGAAGUGGUGUAACAUUGUUGUGAAGAGUUCUGUAUUAUUGUCGAUAUGGAUUUUCGUCAUCCCAGUGUUGAUUGGACUGCUCUUUGAACUUCUGGUAAUUGUACCUAUGCGGGUGCCCGUGGAUGAAAGCCCAGUUUUUCUCUUGUAUCAGGAUUGGGCGUUUGGACUUAUUUUCCUCAAGAUCUGGACUCAGCUGGUAAUGCUGGACCAGAUGGCGCCUCUGGUGGAUGAUAGUUGGCGUCUAAAGUUUGAGAGAGUGAGGGAAAAUGGUUUCUCUCGGCUGCAAGGAGUUUGGGUGUUACGAGAGAUUGUGAUCCCGAUCAUCAUGAAGCUGCUAACAGCUCUAUGCUUCCCUUACGUGUUAGCGAGAGGCGUGUUUCCCGUGUUUGGGUACCCGUUGGUGGUUAACUCUGCCGUCUACAGAUUUGCAUGGGUGGGAUGUCUUGGGUUUAGUUUGUUAUGCUUUUGUGGGAAGAGGUUUCAUGUGUGGUUCACCAACCUCCACAACUCGAUAAGAGACGACCGCUAUCUGAUUGGGCGAAGACUCCAUAACUUUGGGGAGACUCCGAGUGGCGUGAGAGAGAAUAGUAACGAGGAAGGAGGAGGAGGAGGAGGAGGAGGAGGGGGGUUGAGGCAUAGACAUCAUGUAGCAUUGGAGGGGUAAGAUUUAAGGAAGGAGGGAGUGUGGUUACUUGUAUAUAUGAAUGAUGAAAUUAGAUAAAAAGAGUAUAGAUAGCAAUGGAAUCUAGUGUCAUAACUUACUUUAUAUUAUUAUUAAGUUUGUUUGGUUGUGAAAUCAUCCAUUUCCAGAUCAACACAACAUAACCUGU